CAAUGAUUCAAAUCACAGAAGCAUGACUUUAUUUUCAUCCUCUCCAAUACUGCCAUCUGUUGGCCACACAGGUUGGCUUCAGCACCAUGUGGCCAAGGAUGAUGUUGUUGCAAAAAUAGAUAUUAGUCAGCCACAGCAUCUUUCAUUAGCCGUAGGCUUUGAUCUGCAUACAGGUUGCUAUGGAAAUUCCUUUAUCAAAAGAUUCUAUCGCUAUGGUAACACAGAAUUAGACAUUUUGCUAGCAAUCAAGCUUUGCUUUGUACUGUCAACACGACACAAGCCAGAUACAGCUGAACAGUCAAAACAACUGUCAACAAACAACCCAUCUGUCAGCUGCUUGAUUGAACAACGAUGGCAGAGUGGAGGGACUAUAUCAAAGCCACUCUGAAGGAGAAGUUUGUGGAGGACGUAGCCAUCGUUGGCCUGUACGACAACAAGGCCGUGUGGGCCUCCAAGCCUGGAGGUGUCCUGGCUGCCAUCUGCCCACCGGAGGUGGAGGCUCUGGUGGGCAAAGACAGAGGAAGUCUCCUGCAGGAGGGGGUCAGCGUUGGAGGUCGGAAGAUGGCAGUGAUACGAGACCAUAUGACAGGUCCUGAGACAGAGAUCCUAUUCAUUGACAUCCGGACCAAAGGCAGCGAGAGCUUGGCUCUCACGGUUGCCCUGACGACCAAGGCUCUGGUGUUUGUGAUGGGAAAACGAGGGGUGCAUGGCGGCAUAGUCAACAAGAAGGUGUGUGACAUGGCCAAGUACCUCCGCGAGAGGGGUGUGUGACAAUCUCCAUCCAUAUACUGGACCGCUGAAUCAGGAGGCAGUGGAUGGGCUUUCCUGCCUUCAAAAUAUCUUUCUUUAAAGGUCCGGUGCAGCCGUUUUAUCUCAAUAUCAAAUAAA